AUUAAAAAUAGAGUGGGUGAUGUGAGAAACAGGGAAGGAAACAGAAAAGAGGUAGUAAUAAUUAGAUUAAGAAUAAGACGUAGCAAUUUAUACAGCACCCUUAAUAUUAUAGGGAAGUCUUUGUGACCAUUGUUAAAUACCAGAAACUGUGGAUCAUGUAGUCAUCAGCUGCAAAAAAUAUAGAUCAAAGGGACAGGACGUGAUGGAGGAAAUGAAAAGAUUAGGGCUAACGGGCAGGAUUUAAGAGGAGUGUGGUGUCAGAGGACAGGGCAGAAGAUGCUUGAUCAGGACUGAUGGAAAAACUGUAGGAGUUCACGAACUCCAGAAAAUGGCAGUAAUGCAAAACUAUGGAUGCCAGCUGGCGUUAAACCUCAAAUAAGAAGAAAAUAUUGCACUUGCAUGCACUUCGACCACAGGGUGAGCCAUCUACAUGCUGUACUGGACCGAAGCUGCGACCACAACCAACACUCCUACAUUCCCCAGAGUGCAGCGCGUCAUCCCGCACCCCGCCCUUUCCUUUCCCUAGCUUUGGGUCUGAUCGACUUUCUGUUUUGCAGUGAUUUCAUUGCUUGGCCUUAACUGUUUGAUUUGACUCGGACAAACCUCGCCCUGCAACAGUACCGCCACCACCACAGACUGUCCUCUUCAUCAUCACCGAGAGAGAAAACAUCAAUCUUCUCUCUUGAGUUUGUGUCGCCGUCUCCCCCCAGGCUGGAAGAUGUCCACUGGCUCCUCCGGGCCACAGCCAGUUUAGGAAGAUCUUAUCCCUCGGAGGAAAAACAACGUUUUUUUUGUCGUGCACAGGCCGUUGUCAUUGAGAGGCAACUGUCAAAGUUGGGCCCCAUCUUUUUCUCUUUUUCUCUUUUAACACGGAGCUGUAUGGCUGUGAAACGGUUGAAGGCUAUGACUGUUGUACCGGGCCGAGGAGAGGACGGGACGGGGAUGCCAUCCGACUAGCACCGCUAACCGUAUCUGGAGCGCAGUUUGGUCGCAAAACACACAUUAUUCCAGCACAUUUGUCGCCAUUGAGGUCUUGGUGUCUUCUGUUUUCCUUACUUCUUAACCAGCCAGUGUUAACUAUUGGCGACGGCAAACACAACAUGCAGAAAUAGCGGUGACGUUUUAGCAAACUGUAAUAUCUCACCUCAGAAACACUAAAGUUAUCUGACACUGUCGAAGUUAAGCUAGCUAGCUGUGCUAGUCAGCUUCCACACAACAACAAAAGCCAAAUGCCUCACUUUUAUCCACUGACACAGGACACUGUUGUCUGUCCAGCACUGGCACACUAAUGUUAAGUGAAUAAAAGUGUUAUUUUUUAUAAUCAUUUAACAGCCCAGCAGGUGGGUGGACGAACUUACUCGUUAACUAGCACCCAACGAGAAAGGUGUGAUAGCAGGACACUUGGUUCACUGGUUUGCAUUUGAGUUUUGUCAACUGCGACGUAUAAUUAAGGUCUCUUAAGUGUGGCACCUGCUCUGGUAAAUCUCAAGAAGAAGAAAGCAGCCUCAACCUGUUGAUCAUGGAGGGAAACGUACAGCAGAAAGCGACUCCUUUAGCCCGGGAACUAACACGGAUAUUUAACAGCUACAACAAACACACCAUCCAGCUGAAGAAGAACCUGAAGGAGACUAAUGUAUUCUUCCGGGAAAUAAGACAGAACUACAGCAAUGCCUGUGCAUCAACCAUGAGCUCCGAGUCAGCUUCUCUGGAGGCAGCCCAGUUUAGCUGCAUCUCUUUCCCCAGCCAUGAGGAAGAGUUCCUACGCAACACUGUGGGUGCUGCCCCGUACAUCGUGGUGCUGGGCCAGGACUGUGCUGCCCGUUACCAGCUGCUCAACUGUCUCCUGGGCGAGAGACUGCUGCCACUGGGCCCCGAGGCCGGAGAGGCUUGUGAAGGAGUCCAGGGCACUGUCUGCAAAAGGCGGAAGCUGUGUUUCACCCACGGGAGGCAGACACGGCUCAGUUUGGCGCUGCCCGGCCAGUAUGAGCUGGUGCACCAGUUGGCAGCUAACUGUGGCCGCUGGGAUACAGUGCCCCGGGAAGACCUGGAGAUCCACGAGGAAUGUGAGGACCCAGCACACAGGCUAGCAGAGCUGGAGAUCACCCUGCAUCAUCCGCUGCUUCAGGAAGCGAAGGUCAUGGUGGUACCUUGUCCGAGUGUCCAGCCCACAGAAGAGGCCCUGGAAGAUUGCACUCGCAACGUGAUUCCCAUCAUACUUUAUGCCAUCAACCAGGACUCCCUAAGCACAGAGCAGGUGGCAGAGCUCUGGAAGGUCAAAGAGAUGCUCUCCUUUCCCAUCUGUUUUGUCCGCAUCCCUGACACCAUGCCAGCAUCCUCCCCAGAACCCGGCCGCCGUGCAGAGAAGGAAAAGGAGAGAGAGAAGAGCGCCCUCCACAAGCAGUUGCUCUCCCUUGGUUUCCUAAACAGCCCGACAGGAAACUGCUCCUGUGGGGCCCCUACACAGAUGCCCACCCCGGGCGCCAAGCCCCAGAGCAUGCUGGGUGAGGCUUUUGAAAGACUGCAUCGGUUGCUGGUGCCUUUUGCUCGCCAAGUGCUUCAAAAUCAGCAGGUGGAGGCUGCCAACCUGCUUAAUGGGCUCCAUUGUCGCUGUCUAGAUCUUUUCAUCAAUCAGGCCUUUGACAUGCAGAGGGACCUCCAGAUAACACCCCGCAGGCUGGAGUACACUCGUGAGAAAGAGGGCGAACUGUUCACCUCCCUCAUGGCCAUCGCUAACCGCAAACAGGAAGAGAUGAAGGAGAUGAUUGUGGAGACACUCACCAGCAUGAAAGAGCAGUUGCUGGAGGAUGCUGCCAACCUGGAGUUUACAGACAUCAUCGUAACGACUAACGGAGAGCCUGUUACGUCAAAGGAGAUCAAAUCGUGCAUCCACCAGAUCCAGGAGCUGAUAGUGGUUCGUUUGAAUCAGGCUGUGGCAAAUAAGCUGAUCAGCUCUGUGGACUAUUUGAGGGAGAGCUUCGUAGGAACUCUAGAGCGAUGUCUCAACAGUCUGGAGAAAUCGCACAUCGAUUCUUCGGUCCACAAUAUCACCUCCAAUCACCUCAAACAGUUAUUAAAUGCUGCCUAUCACGUGGAGGUCACCUUUCAUUCAGGAUCCUCCGUCACACGACUUGUGUGGGAGCAAAUCAAACAGAUAAUCCACAGGAUAACAUUUGUAAACCCCCCUGCCAUCACUCCAGAGUGGAAGCGGAAAGUGGCCCAGGACGCCAUAGAAAGUCUCAGUGCUGCCAAACUGGCCCGAAGCAUCUGCUCCCAGUUCAGGACCCGCCUCAACAGCUCCCAUGAGGCUUUUGCAGCAUCCCUGCGCCAGCUGGAGGAAGGGCACACAGGGCGUCUGGAGCGCACUGAGGACCUAUGGCUGCGUGUGAGGAAGGACCACGCCCCUCGACUGGCCCGCCUGUCUCUGGAGAGCCGCUCUCUAAGGGAUGUGCUGCUGCAUGGCAAGCCUAAGCUCGGACGAGAGUUGGGCCGGGGCCAAUACGGAGUUGUGUACUUGUGCGACAGUUGGGGAGGACACUACCCAUGUGCCUUAAAGUCUGUUGUCCCGCCUGAUGAUAAACACUGGAACGACCUGGCUUUAGAGUUUCACUACACAAGGACCCUGCCAAAGCACGAGCGGCUGGUGGACCUGCACGGCUCCGUGAUUGAUCACACUUAUGGAGGUGGCUCCAGCAUUGCUGUGCUGCUUAUCAUGGAGCGGCUGCACAGAGACCUCUAUACAGGCUUGAAGGCUGGUUUAUCACUGAGAGAGAGACUUCAGAUCGCUCUGGAUGUGGUGGAGGGAAUCCGCUUCCUGCACAGUCAGGGCCUCUUGCACAGAGACAUAAAGCUAAAAAAUGUUCUGUUGGACAAACAAAAUCGUGCAAAGAUCACUGACCUGGGCUUCUGUAAACCAGAGGCCAUGAUGUCUGGCAGCAUCGUUGGAACCCCCAUUCACAUGGCUCCAGAGCUGUUUACAGGAAAGUAUGAUAACUCCGUUGACGUCUACGCCUUCGGGAUCCUUUUCUGGUACCUCUGCACUGGUUCAGUUAAACUCCCAGAAGCCUUUGAGAAAUGCUCCAGCAAGGACCAACUCUGGAAUAACGUUAAAAAAGGUGCCAGACCGGAGCGGUUGCCCGGUUUCGAUGAGGAAUGCUGGCAGCUGAUGGAGGCCUGCUGGAAUGGGGACCCUUCCCAGAGGCCCCUGCUCGGUAUCGUGGAGCCCAGCCUGCAAAGCAUCAUGGUCCGGCUCUGCAACUGCGGCUCGGAACAGAAAAGCAGCAGCCUCGAGGACUCAAACUGAAAACACUCCAGACAAACUAACACACGUGUGAUAGGGAUUCUGAUCAGAAAAGUAUUUUUGUUGUAUUUAUGAAGAAAGGAGGUGAACAGGCGAAAGAUGAAUUAUGUCCACCUUGUUCACAGAUGUUGGAUUUACGUUAUUUAUGAGGAGUUGAUACAGACCAGAAGUUUGCAAUAUGUGUGUUUUAUUGUUUGUGCUUUGUGUAUUUGUAUACAAACUCCACAAUAUGCUUUUCUCAUAGCUGCCGUGCUAAUUGCUACUGUUAUAGAAUUGAUACUAGAUACAAAUUGUUUUAAAAGUAGUCCAUUCCCAGUAUUAUGAAAAAAAAUGAAUAUAUAAAAGAUUAAUUUUAGAUUGUAUUUAAACUGAACAUGUCUGCAUCUAUACAAACAUCUUUUUUAAUAAAAUGAUCUGUUACAACAAAUUA